AUGGCUGCUGUUAAUUUAAAAAAGAAUAUUCUAAUCAAAUUACUGGCUCUUAAUCGUUUUAAUGUUCAUUCUUGUUUCCGGCGGCACUAUGAGCCUAAUGUUAGUUAUAUGUUUCGUGAUUAUGUAACGUUACAGUUGAAAGUUCAGAAAGUAGAAAUGGAUUUGAUAUUUUUGCGAACGUGUUUACGUGAACAAUUAGAACCAGUAUUUAUUCGUAUCAAGUUACCUCAACAUAUUCAAAAUAGUAAGGCUGCUACUCAGUUAAGAUUACGAGUGUUGAGAAUUGAAAUCAAGUUCAAGCGUAAAGUGUUAAGUCAACUUCAUCAUCGGUCAAAGAGCAUAUUUUCAUUUAUUGAAACAAUGACUAGCUCUACAGUUUAUUCGAAGUUACAGAUAAUUAAAAGCUCAAUUGUCAGUGAUAAGUCGAAGUUAUGGAGGAAAACAUUAGUAAAUAAGUUAAUUAAGUUACGUAGAAGUUGUCAGCAUAUUGGAGUAAAACGAAAUGUGCAAGAUUCUAUCAAACAUCUCCUGAAUUUUUCGAAACGAAUAUUAACUGAAGAUGAAGAAGAAGUACUGAUUAAUGGUCUCCAACAUGUAUAUUCUCCCCCGGUUUCCAAUGAAAGGGAUUUGAUAAGUAACAUAGAAUAUUUCUAUAUUAGAUUGUUAGGUUUCAAAACAGAGUAUUAUGAUUAUGAGUUACGAAAAUGA